GAGGGGGGAAGAGUGGGUCUGGUUUGCAAGAGCCCCCCCAAGCAGCUGCAUCUGGUGGUGCUCUCUUUGCAAAGGGCAGGAAAACGCAGAUGUAAACACUUAUUCGAAGUGGCACCUGCUCAGUGUACGGAGCGACCCUGCUAUGCUGCAGACUCUCUGACAGAGUUCUCUCAAUCCCCGGGGAUCUGCUGGCAGUUUUUAGCCUAAUCUUGCAUUCAAAUCCUGUGUCCGAAGACGCAUUUCCCACUAUGUUUGCCUGUGAGACUUGGGGCCUUGCAGGCCAGACCUCAGUCUAUAAUUGGGAUAAGUCCAUUUACCUCUUAGAAGACAAAAUGGAACCUGAGCAAAGAUCAGGAGAACUAGAUCUUCAUUUUAAGGUCCUGCUCGAGCAGGAUAUGUAUCCAGAAAUCACAAUUGAGGAAGAAGAGGAGGGAGAAGAUGAGGGUGAAAUAGUGGUUGAUGCAGAAGGAGCAGCAGAGGAAGAGGAGGAAGAAGUAGAGGUAGAUCCAGAUGGGGCUGAGGAGGAAGAAGAGGAGGAGGAAGAGGAUGAGGAGGAAGGAGAGGAGGAGGUGGAUGAUGAGGACGAUGAUGACGACGACGAUGAUGACGUGAUUGUGACAAAUUCAUCAGCCCCUGCACGAGUAGCAGCAGGAGCAGCAGAGGGAGAUGACUCCCUGCUGGUGGUAUGCACAGGGACUGUUGAAGAACUUUUGGGAUUAGAAGUGUCUCCCACAGUUGAACCAGAGGAGACCCCAGAACCUCAGCGCUGGGAAGUCCAGUGGGAGGAGGUGUCACAGGCACCACAGUCCCCAGCUCCUGAAAUAUUGCAGCCAGCCCCACCAGUAGCACCACCGGUAACACCACCGGUAGCACCACCAGUAGCGCAACCACCACCACCGCAGCCAGAGGUUCCCCCAGUGACUGAGAUUACACCAAUAGACUUAGAUCCGGAGGUCUUGCCCACUCCUUCAGAGCAAGUAGGGAACACUUCCUCCCCAUGGGGUGCAACAUAUAUAGAAGAGGGCCACCGAGAGACCCACACAAGCCCUGCUAGCGCGGACCGAGGGAGUGUCGGGAAGACACGAGCAUCAGCCUCCGGAGUGGGUGGUUUCACCCUAGAGACAGCCCGCCGACGGUUCCGACAAUUCUGCUACAAAGACACUGAGGGGCCGCGGAAGGCUUGCGGCCAGCUCUGGGAGCUUUGCAAUCACUGGUUGAAGCCGAAGAACCGCACCAAGGAGCAGAUCCUGGAUGUGUUGAUCCUGGAGCAGUUCCUGGCUGUCUUGCCUCCUGGGAUUCGGAGCCGGGUAUGGGAACGCAGCCCUGAGACGUGUGCACGGGCAGUAGCCCUGGCCGAGGAGUUUCUGGCCAAACAAAACGAGGCAGAGAGACAAGAGGAGGAGGAUUCAGACCUAUUUGAAGAAGUGGUGGUGAAUUUUCCUGAUGAAGACCAGGUCCUAUCAGAUGUGGAACAGAGAGAGAUGUGCAUGGAAGCAGACCAGAGGGGUGAUGUGGAUAUCUGUUUGCUAGGUUCUUCUGACACAGAGGCAACGUGGGAUUCUUCAGCAGAUGAAGGAGGCUCAGCAGGAGCCAGGACACCCAGCAGAGCAGACACCCAGUUUGAAUUUGGAGAAAGGCUCAAUGGAGCAGUCCCACACUUGCCCCCUAAAAGGAUCCGUGUGAGAGAGAAGCGCCACCCAUGUAUGGAAUGUGGGAAGCGGUUCCGGUGCCAAUCAGAGUUGGCUCUACACCAGAAGGUCCACACUAGGCCCAAAUCUUAUCACUGUGCUGAGUGUGGGAAACAGUUUGGUCGAUCCUCGCAUCUCACCAGGCACCAGAAAACACACAUGGGUGAGGAAUGCCAUGUUUGUACCGAAUGUGGCAAAAGGUUCCGCUGGUCAACAGAGCUUGCUAUCCACCAGAGGAUCCAUGCAGGUGAACAGUCACAGUACACCAUCGACUCAUUGUUCCAGUGGCCCUCAGAAUUCUCUCUGCACCCAAACCUUUACACAGGUGAGAAAACUCCUCCAGUGGCCGAAUUUGCCAAGCCCCACACUGUCAAGAAGCCCCAUCUCUGUCCAGAGUGUGGGAAAGGGUUCCGGUGGCCAUCGGAACUGGCAGCGCAUCAGAAAACCCACAACAAAAACAAACACUACCUCUGUCCAGAGUGUGGGAAAGGAUUCCAGUGGCCCUCAGAGCUUGCUGCGCACCAGAUAACCCACACGGGGGAAAGCUCACCUGUUGUCAACGAUUGCAGCAACAACAGCGGUCAUCUCACUACAUACCUGGGAGCUGCUGGGGCCGAGAAACGCCAUCUUUGCGGUGAGUGUGGCAAGGCUUUCCGGUGGCCCUCAGAGCUUGCCACCCACCGGAGAAUCCACACAGGAGAGAAACGUUAUUUCUGCACAGAGUGCGGGAAGGGAUUCAUCUGGCCCUCAGAGCUGGCUGCCCACCAGCGGACCCACACAGAAAAGCAAGCCUAUCAGUGCAUGGAGUGUGGGAAGAUAUUCCAUGAUCUCUAUGCCCUCACGAGACACCAGAAGACUCAUCUAGGGAGCAAGGUCUACCCCUGUACAGAGUGUGGAAAGACUUUUAGCCGUCAGUCUCACCUGACCCGACACCGGAUCACCCACACUGGAGAGAGACCCUACCCUUGUAUUGAGUGUGGGAAAAGGUUUGGCCGGCAAUCUCACCUCACUCGGCACCUGAGAAUCCACACUGGAGAGAGACCAUAUCAGUGUGGGGAGUGUGGGGUGAGGUUCAGGAGGAGGCACAGCAUGAUCUAUCACCAGAGGAUCCACAUGAGAGAGUCAGCUGGGGGACCAGACAUGCCAAACCUUGCUGAUUUGGAAAACCUUCCAGACGGUAUCCAGAGCCCCAUCCAUGUAACAAUCUGAAACUUGGGAGUUGAUGGCCAGGGGUGGGAUUGGAGAAGAGAGGAACAUUGGAUGGUUGAAUCAUAGGACUUGAUCAUCAUAAAAGCUGGCCAAGGCCUUCCCAAUGUGCUUCAUCCUACAGAGCAGGUCCAAGAUUUGAGGUUGUCCUGAGUGGCUGCACUAUGUGAUCUGAGGGGCAGGUGCCUCAGGAUUCCUGCAGCAUGGCUCUAAGCCCUGGCAUGUGGCAUUGGCACAUGUUACACAAGAUGCUGGGGCAGGGACACACACACAAUCUCUCUGAUCACAUGCUGCUUUAUUGUCGCCUGAGAAAACCUGUCUGCCUUCCCACCCCCAGCAAAUGUUGGGGAAUUUGUGCAGCCAGAUUAGUCCCACUGCUGUAAUUCUGUAGAUUUUGCCUCCCUGUAGCAUUUGUCAGAGUUGGGGAGGAGGUAAAACACUGGAAGGAUUUCUCCCCUGCUCCCUUCAACAGCUAGAACACCCUGUUCUCUGGAAUGUGCGCAGUGGAGUUCAGAAGCCAGUCUUUCUGCCUCCCAAACUUUCUCUACUCCUGUUGUUGGUUUUUUCCUCCUUGUCCUAGAGCUGGGUCAGCAGAAUGAUGUGGAAAGAGAACUGUGGAUUUCCUAGUGGCCAACUCUGUUAGGCCAUAGGUUGCCUGGAUUUCAUUUGGUGCAGGGCACCUUUGCUUUUAAAUGGUUCAUAUAUAGAAGGGAGAAUUCAAAUAAGUGCACUUCUCCCAUGGUAGUGUUGCAGCAAUUGAGAAAAGCUGCAUCUUCCUCAGUUUCCCAUGCCCUUCCCCCAUUCUGUGCAAGAACUCACUUCUGGAUGAAAUUUGGCAGCCUCUUUCUUUAGUAACAAUUUCCCUUUCUUUCCUUCCCAGUAAAAAGAACUAGUUGAUAUAAAUUUCAAAAGAACAUGAAGCAAAAGUUAGGGACUUUGUCCCUUGAGAGCACAUUCUGAUAAAGAUUUCCCUUUAAUCUCAUGACAGCUUGACUGUCAUUUAUGACUCUUUGGGGCUUUUAAAAAAGUGUUGUUGUUUUUUACAGAGGGUUAACUCUUGGUGUUUUGAGAGAACAUCACACCAUGUCAGCCAUCCACCCUGGACUAGAUCAGUCUUUCCCAAUUUGGCAUCCUCCAGAUAAGUUGGACUGCAAUUCCCAUCACGAACCUCAUGCCAUAGCCAUGCAGGCUAGAGUGAUGGGAAGUGGCAGUCCAACACCUCUUAAGGACCACUUGCGAAAGAGAUGAAUGAAGGGUAUGUUGCGUGAAAUAAAGGUGCCUUCUUGAUCCUCCAGCUACAGUAUUUCCCUGAAGAAUCUGCAUCUUUCCUUUGGAAUAAGUGCCACUGUCAUUAAUGGGCUUACUCCUUACUAAGUGCUUUUAUGAUUGCAGCUAAGAAAACUGACCGUUGGCUCUUUGGACAAACAGGAAUAGAGGAAGGGACUUUGCCACCUCAGUCUGUGGCCAAAUGGGAAUGGGAAAGCGUAUCUGAACUGAAAAUGGGCUCAGCCUUGAUGAUGAGAAUCCUGGGAGGGUUGCAGUUUGGGAGAACAGCACUUAGAAGCACUCCCAUUCGGAAGCUUUGAUUUUCCUUUCUUUUUCUCUCUUAUCUCCAAUGACCCUUGAUGAUGAGAGAAAAGUGUAUUUUUUCUCCCUCUAGGAACUUUUAUCUGAAUUUCUUUUUUUUUUUUUCCUCUCCCUCCUUUUUUUUGGAUUCACCUUUGACACUAUUGGAACCUAUUAAAGAAAUAAAAAUAAACUUGUUUUGGGAAAUAACAAUAAAAGAAAGAGCU